AUAAAAAUAGUUUGUAUUGUAGGAAUUCUUAUGUAGAAAACUCAAUUUAAAAGACUGACGACGAUAAGAUUACAUUGUCUAACCUGCAUAUAACUACGAAUAAUUUUAAAAUUGUAGGGGAAGAUUUUUUUAAUUUUGUAAAUGGAGCAAAUAAGCGUGAAGGUAGUGAGAGACUCAGUGAACUUUGAGUUACGAUUGAGAUGAUUCAUCCAAUGACACGAAAGCAAUAAGAUGACGUCAUAAUAAUGGCUGUCACUGAUUGGUUAAUUUCCAGCAACCCGGGGCGUGCGAUUGUAUUUUACUUGCGGGGGUGUUUGCCUUUUGUACAGCGCUUGGGAAAAGUUUUCAUGGGCUUUUUGUUUUGGUGAAAAUCGGUCCGUUUUUUGGCUAGCCAUGCAGGGUACACGCAAUAAAGUACCCAGAAGACGUGUGAAGGAACUCAUCCACGAUUUACUGAGCCAUGUUUUGGUCAAGAAUGGUUUUAACAUCGAACGAUUUGCGCCAAAUCCUCACCCAGAUAUAAGCCAACUGCAUGUAAGACGAACUGUAGAUGCAUUAAUCGAUGAUUCAAGCGAAUUAUUUACAAACUUGGGAGACCAAUUGCACAUGACAUCUGAGAACAUUCAUUUGAUUUUCAUGGGAAUAUCCGAUGAGAUUUUUGUCACAGGCAUAAAUUGGGGACGAAUUGUUGCUUUCUUAGCCUUUGGUGGUUCUGUUAUGGUGCAUUGUGCUAACAAUUCUGAGCUCGUGCUAUUCUUAGAUGAAAUAUCGGAGUGGAUGACAGAAUACAUUGAGGAUAACUUGAGAGUUUGGGUCGAAGAACACGGUGGUUGGGAUGGAUUUGUCAAUUUCUUCAAACUGCCUGGAGGAGAUGACUUCUUUCAAAAUGAACUUGAUUUUAAAAACUGGAGUCUUUAUGCACUUGCUGGCUUUAGUAUUGGUGCUUUGAUCAUGUUUGCCACAAACCAGAUUAAUCAUUCAUGACCUAGCUGCCUUUUAAAGAACUGAAAGUUCAUGUUGCAGUCUUCAAGAUAAACUUAUCUUGUAGCUCAAAGCAUCUGCAUUCAGUUUUGGGGUAAAACAUUCUCAUUGAAGCAAUUUGGUUGAAAAUUUGUAGCACAGGUUUGCAGCAAAAUAUACAGCAACUAUUGCAGACUAAAAGUGGUAGAAAACUUUGUUUUAGGGGUUUUGUUUUGUCUUCUGAGAAGAACUUGUUCUUAUUGUGUUCUUUAAGUAAGCCUUGUUAUUAGGCAAGUGAUAGUUUUAGUUAUAUACAUACAUAUUUAGCUGGCCACUCUCAGUAUCCUUUUUGAAAAAUUUGCUUCAAAUUUUAUUGCUGACUUGAAAUACCAUGUUUUGAUAUUAGUUUUGCACUUGAAACUAGUUUAGUACCAUAUAAGGCAAUCUUUUGUUCCUAUGGAACAUUUUCUAUGGGUAACUUUCUAAUGGUGCAUGCCUGUAGAUGUCUGUGGAAAAUUGAAUAUUUCAAUGCUGCAAAAAAGUUUGGAGUAAUUUCAAAGAACAGGUUUGAGCCUGGAUACCACCAGCUCACUGCUAUAUUUAGGCUUUCAAGUCUUUCAUUUUCAUUUAUGCAACUCAUACAAACUCAUACAUACAUCUGUAGGUUUGUCUCCUUUUGGGAACAGCCAGAAAACACUGAUUGCUUAGUGUCAAUUCAUGCUUUCUUUUGGGGGGAUAUCAGUGACGUAAGAAGCAUAAUACUAUGGGGGGGGGUGUCACGUAAUCCUAUAUUCAUGUUAGCAGACUUAUAUUGACUAAUAUAGACAUGGAUCUGAGAAGAGAAAAUCAUGCACAACAUGAGUAUACGAAUAUGUACCCACCCCCCCCCCCAAUUAUCAUGCUUACUAUGCCACUUGGGAACAUUCAUAAUUAAUUGCUUACUUUGUUUUUAAAAGUUAUCUGAAUGCGACCAUGAUUACACUCUUGAUGGACUUUUUAAUCAGACUCAAUAUUAGACCAAUGAAAACUGUAACAAGUUUUGUUUUUGUGUGAUCAACUAUUGUACCAUGGUGACUCCAUGAUGACAGAGUUUCUUUUUAGAGUUUAUAGAUAUCAUAUAUCACACAUGCCACAAAAUUUUACCAUGCUACAGCAGCUACAUACACUCAUGCAAGGUUUUGAACAUUAAUAUAUAAAUACAAAAGUUUAUGAGUUAUGUACACACUUUUUGUGUUGUGAUUUCUUAUCAAAUUACAAGCCACACAUACAUAUAUUUAGAGACAGGUUGUUUUGUUAGCUAGAUAGGCAAUGGGUGUUUAUAUCAUGGAUUAUAAUAUAUAUUCUUUAUAAAUUUCAAAACGUUAAAAUAUUUAAUGCUUUUUGGUAUGUGGUACCAGGUUAUUAUUGACAUUAGGUUGGCUAUAUUGUUGUUGAUUACAAUCCUGGGUAUUGU